GUUUGAUAUCACUGCACAUUCUUUAAGCAUCUACAGCUGAAGUUCAGUGUCAAGAGCAAACGUCAGUUCAGUCAUUUGGCAGAUGCUUUUACAGGGACAAUCCCCCUGGAGCAACAUGGAGUAAAGUUUCUUGUUUAAGGACACACUGGUGGUGGCUGCUGGGAUGGAACCAGCAACCUUUUGAUUUACCAGUUCAGUGGUUUAACCCACUAGACCACCAUCUCACAUGGUUAACUGGGAUUCAUCAGUCUGUUGUCCCUGAGAAUAUGCCAAGGUCCAAAAGAAACACGAGCAGAAAAAUCCAAAAAGGAAAAAUGAAUCCCAAACACAAAAACCAGAAUGACCACAGCGAGAAGAGUGAUGGGACCACAGCAAGUGUUGCUAGUUAUAUUAAAAACAACAUGAGCAGUAAAAUGAAAGAUGCACCAAUUGCAAAUAUACCCAUCUUUAAACUCCGCCUGGGUGAAACAUGGCAGAACAGUGAUGGAUACUGCAGAAGAUGCACAUUUGGAAAACACAACGCAAAGAAUAACAAGACCAUUAUGAUGAUCGGAGCCACAGGUGCAGGAAAAACCACUUUAAUCAACAGUAUGAUCAACUUCAUUCUGGGUGUGAAAUGGGAAGAUGACUUCCGCUUUAUAUUAAUAGAUGAAGGGAAGCAGAAAUCUCAGGCUGAAAGUCAGACAUCGGCCAUCACGGCAUAUAAAAUUAAUUACAUGAAUGGUUUCCAGGUCCCAUAUAGUCUGACCAUUGUGGACACACCAGGCUUCGGGGAUACCAGAGGAAUUUCACACGACCAGAAAAUCACAAAGCAGAUUCAUGAGUUCUUUUCUCAGCCCGGAGGGAUUGAUCACAUUGAUGCCGUGUGUUUUGUAGUACAGGCCUCACUGGCCCGUUUGACGCACACACAGAAAUACAUCUUUGACUCCAUUCUUUCCAUAUUCGGGAAGGAUAUUGCUGAAAACAUUAUUAUGCUGGUCACAUUUGCAGAUGGGAACAGACCUCCUGUUCUUGAGGCGAUCAAAGUUUCCCAGGUGCCGUGUUCCACUGAUAAGUCUGGAGAGCCACUUUACUUCAGGUUUAAUAACUCUGCAUUGUUUAUUACUAAUAAUAAACCGGAGGAAGCUGAGGAGGACGAUUUUGGGGAGUUUGAUCAAAUGUUCUGGAAGUUGGGAAAUUCGAGCUUGAGAAACUUUUUCAAAUCUCUUGAGCAGAUGAAAACAAAGAGCUUGUCUUUGACAAAGGAGGUCCUAAAAGAAAGGCAACAGCUAGAAAUACUUGUGGAAGGUCUCCAGCCCCAGAUCAAUGCUGGCCUGACAAAACUGGAUGAAAUAAAGAAGACAAAUGCUGUUUUGGAGCAGCACAAAGCCGAUAUGGAUGCGAACAAGGACUUUGAAUAUGAAGUAGAAGUAACUGUUCCAAAACAAGUCAAAAACAAACCAGGCUCAUUCCUGACCAACUGCCAAAUAUGUAAUUACACAUGUCAUGAUAUAUGUGUUUAUGCAGAUGACAAGGACAAAAAAGAGUGCUGUGCCAUGAGAGAUGGAAAGUGUCAGGUCUGUCCUGGAAAGUGUAUUUGGAAUGUUCACUUUAAUCAAGCAUAUAAAUGGGACUAUGUCAAAGAGAUGAAAAAAGGAACAUAUAAAGAGUUAAAACAGCGAUAUAAGGAAGCAAAGGGAGAGGUCAUGUCAAAAGAACAGAUCUUUCAAAAGCUUGAAAAGGAGUUCGAGGAUGUGCAGAUUAUAGUGUUCAAACUCAUUGAAAAUUCCCAAAACUCAUUGCAGCGACUGCAAGAAAUUGCGCUCAAACCAAACCCUCUUUCUACACCCGACUAUAUAGACCUGAUGAUUGAAUCUGAGAAACAAGAAGCCAAGCCUGGUUUUCAAGAUCGCAUCCAGUCUUUAAUGAAAGUCAGGACCAAGGCAGAGAUUAUGAGUAAAGUCUCCAGUGGCGAAGUGCUCCCAGAGGAUUGGACAAGGCAUGCACAAGAGAAAGAGGAAAGCUCGGGCAGGUCCUACAAUCCCAUAGUGCUGUUCAAUCGUGCGGUAGUUUAUGUUGAGGAGAAAGUGAGUCAGUGGAAAAAGUCUUAAUUAUGCACUGCACUUACGUAAAAUAUUAUGACUAUAUAUACCAUAAAGUUGUUGUAUAUUAAAGAUUUGCUGUGCAUCCUGAAAUUAUCAUAAUAGUUAAUUGAAUCAUUUGAAAGCUGUUUAAUACUUUCAUUGUAGAUGGAAGUAUAUCAUGUUUGAUGUUUUUGUAGUAGAUCCUGUGAUAUAUACAAAUAGUGAUUUAAAAUAAAUGUUGUGUGUUGUAUCUAUAGCCAAUCAAUUCAAAUAUUUAUAUUAUUAUUUUCUUUCCCUUUUAUUGAUUUUAGUAACAUAGUGAUUUAGUGAUUGAAGUAACAUUCAUGAACGUUAAGGCAAAGUGCCUCCUUUAAACAUUCAUGUAAACUGGAAUUUUAAGAAAUCAAAUUCCCAUUUUGGUAAAUAGGAAAAUGUACAAUCCUUAAUUUUCUGAGAUUUCUUUAAUGUCAUAGCUGCCCACUUCUUAUAACAUCUCAACACGCUAAUUAACAGUUUUAGUAAAAGAAGAACGGCAAAUACUGCUUAUGUAGUUAAAUAAAUAAUGCUAGCACAGGUUGUGCUCGCAUGGGCUUUAAAAGUGCUGUUGCGUGUUCAAAAUGUUUACUGUUUAAUGUCAUUAUAAAAUGUAAGCUUGAACUUCAGUGUGUUUGUUCACCGCUGUAUACAGUGAUGUUUGCUUUUCAAAUGUUGUGUACAGCACCUCUGUGGCUGACAACAGGCUUAAAUAAAA